AUGGCCUUCGAUUCUCUCCGUUGUGCUCGAUGCGGGACUCAUCAUGAUCCCGUACGGUUCCCAGAAGCUCACUGCCGAGACAGCAAUUGCUACCGCUGUGGGAAGCGAGGUCAUAUGAGUCGUGCUUGUCCCGAACCACUACCUCAGAAACCCGAUACCACCCCUUCAAGUUCUACUGGUACCGAAGGGGCCAAGAUUCAGGCUAAUGUAGUCCAGAUCACUGACUCCGAUGGGUCUGGAUUACCCAUGAUAAAAUUAGCCAUCUCAUCACCUGACUACGACUCGCCCAAGCCCGAAGGUCGUGUAGCUACUAACGCUCUACUGGAUUCUGGUGCUGAACAACCGCUAUGUGCCGAAGAUGAGUAUAAUCGAUGGUGUGAUGCUGGUCUCGUCCUCCCACUAGUCCCUGAUCCACGGACCAUCAUCUUCG